GAGACGCUGAUCUUCUUGCAUCAGGCGAUCCAAGGGGCGAUAAUUCAUCAGCAACAGAAUCGACGGUGUAGAUCACCGGUUUAACUGAAAGAUAUAUUCCCGCGUGGCACACAAAUAGCAUGUCGUCCUGUUUGAGUCUUCUUCGCCUUCUGCUCGCAACGACGCCAUUCGAGAAACUUGAGAACACUGAAAAGCAUCGAACUUGAAUUCUGUUUCUUUUCUUCAGAGCACAAGUGACUGAAAAUGGGCUCAGCCGUAGGGAAAGAUAAGCAACGUGCUGCUAAAAAGGUUGCUGUUGUUGGUGCUGGUGUUAGUGGACUCUCAGCGGCAUAUAAGUUGAAAUUACAUGGUUUGAAUGUAAUGGUAUUUGAAGCUGAAGCAAGAGCUGGAGGGAAGUUAAAAAGUGUUUCCCAAGAUGGACUAAUUUGGGAUGAGGGAGCAAAUACAAUGACAGAGGGUGAGAUGGAGGUCAGAAGUUUGCUUGAUGAUCUCGAACUUCGAGGAAAGCAACAAAUUCCUGUUUCACAGAACAAACGAUAUAUUGUUAGAAAUGGAAUUCCAGAGCUGGUACCCACAAAUCCCAUUGCAUUAAUCAAAAGCAACAUUCUGUCCUUACAAUCAAAGUUGCAGAUGAUUUUGGAGCCAUUUUUGUGGAAGAAAAAUAACUUUUCAGAGGAAUCUAAUGAUCCAGAUGAGAGUGUGGGUGGGUUCUUUCAGCGUCAUUUUGGGAAAGAGGUUGUUGAUUACCUAAUUGAUCCAUUUGUUGCUGGCACCAGUGCUGGGGAUCCUGAAUCACUUUCUAUAUGCCAUACUUUUCCAGAGCUAUGGAAUCUGGAGAAAAGGUUUGGUUCAAUCAUAGUCGGGGCAAUCAAAUCUAAAUUAGCUACGAAAAGGGAAAACAGUGGAGAAAAAACGGGGUCUCUCGAGAAAAAGAAGCAUCUGCGUGGCUCAUUUUCCUUUCAUGGUGGAAUGCAGACACUCACUGAUACAUUAUGCAAAGAGCUUGGCGAAGACCAACUUAAAUUAGAAUCGGAGGUGCUUUCAUUAUCUUACAGUCUUGAUGAGAAAUCUGCAUCAGGGAAUUGGUCAGUUUCUUAUGCUUGUGGAAAGCAUUCACAGGAUAUGCCUUUUGAUGCUGUAAUCAUGACGGCACCCCUAAGUAAUGUUAAAGAGCUGAAGAUUGCUAAAGAAGGAAAGCUGUUUCCACUUGAUUUUAUUCCUGAGGUAAAUUAUUUGCCACUCUCCAUUGUGAUAACUGCCUUUAAGAAGGAGAAUGUCAAGAGAGCCCUUGAGGGAUUUGGGGUUCUUGUUCCUUCCAAAGAGCAACAAAAUGGUUUAAAAUCCCUUGGUACUUUAUUUUCCUCCAUGAUGUUUCCAGAUCGUGCACCUAGCGAUUUAUAUCUCUAUACCACCUUUGUUGGGGGAAGUCGAAACAGGGAACUAGCAAAAGCUUCAAGGGAUGAGUUGAAGCAGAUAGUUUCUUCUGACCUUCGACAAUUGUUGGGUGCAGAGGGGGAGCCAACAUUUGUGAAUCAUUUCUAUUGGAGUAAAGCUUUUCCCCUUUAUGGGCACAACUAUGGUUCAGUUCUAAAAGCAAUUGAAAAGAUGGAAGAGAAUCUUCCCGGAUUCUUCUAUGCAGGCAACCAUAAGGGUGGGCUUUCCGUUGGCAAAGCAAUAGCCUCUGGGUGCAAAGCAGCUGACCUUGUUUUCGCCUACCUGAAUUCUUCUUCAGACGACAAGAUGCUUGAGGAUGGAACAUCACCAUAGAUAGUAAUGGUAGCCUCGAACUGUAUUAUAUCAGGCUUCUUCUAUUAUUUUUCUGAUUUUACUUUGGAUUAAGAAUUUAUUUACAAACAAAAUGUUUGAACUAAUCCCAUUGUGUUGGGGAGAAGAAAGGUGCAAAAUUAUUUGCAUCUCAGAUUCAUUGUGCCCAUCCCUCUAAAUAAGUUAUGUUCUUGGUUUUUGUUUA